UCUAAACCAAUCGGUGUUUUCCAUGUCGACAACGUGAACUGAUAAUAGAAGAAAGAAAAUGAGAACACUGCACACAUUUUUCAUUAUUUUGGCACAGUUAUUGUGUUCCAGUAUCACAAAUGCAACUAUUGGUAGACCAAGGGGUGUCUCUAUUUCAAUGGCCUCAUUGUAUCAGCCAGCAGAAGAUAGUACCUUUACCUGUCUAGAUGGAUCAUCAAAAAUACCCUACGAGUAUGUUAACGAUGAUUACUGUGAUUGUAAUGAUGGCACAGAUGAACCAGGUACUUCUGCUUGUCCGAAUGGUAAAUUUCAUUGUACCAAUGCUGGGUACGUUCCAUCCAACAUCUUGUCAUCUAGAGUAAAUGAUGGGGUUUGUGAUUGUUGUGAUGGUACAGACGAAGACGCAGGCAGAAUUGAAUGUGUUAAUAACUGCAAGGAACUUGGAAAGAAAUUAAGAGAAGAACAGGAUAGAACAAGGAAACUUCAGCAGGAAGGGUUUGAGAAACAGAAAACUUUCUCUGAUGAAGGCAAGAGAGUCCAUGAGGAGAAGAUUGCUAGACAAGCAGAAGUGGAAAAAGAAAGAGAAACUUUAGAAAUUACAGUAAAAGAUUUAGAAACUGCUAAAUUAGAAGCUGAAAGUCCAGAAACCGAAGCUAAAGAUAAACACCAAAAAGCUUGGGAUGAGUUGAAAGCUGAAAAACAAGCAAAGAAAGAAGUUGAAGCAGCCUCAUUAGCUUUUAAAGAUUUAGAUACUAAUGGUGACAACAGUAUCGACCUGCAGGAAAUCAUAGCCCACCCUGAGUUUGAUAUCGAUUCUAAUGGUAUUGUGUCUGAAGAAGAGGCAAAGGAACAUUUAGAGGAUAAGGAAAGUGUUGAUUAUGAUACAUUUACAAACGACAUUUGGCCUCAUGUCAAGGAUAUUUACAAGAAACCUACAACAGAGGAACCUCCACCAGAGGGAGAUCCAUCAACGGAGGCCAGAGGAGAGGAGGCUCAAACAGAACAGAUAGAGCCUCCUGCCCCUGGGCAACCACCAUCCCCUCCAGAUGAGGUGGACGAGGACGGGGAAUACGAUGAUGAUGAAGAUGAAGAUGAUGACAAUGAUGUAGAUGAACCAGGUGUCAAUGAUCAAACAGUACCAACUGCUCCCAUUACUGACAGAAUAGAAGGGGAACCAGAAUUGAUUCUCGAUAAGCCUAGCGAGGAGAAGGAUGAAGACAGUAUGCCAGAAUAUGAUGAAGAAACAAAGAAACUGAUAGAAGCUGCUGAUGAAGCAAGAAAGAAUUAUGAUGAAGCCAACAGUAAAUUAAAAGAACUAGAUAAUGAACUUUCAUCUAUAAAAUCUUAUUUAGAACAAGAUUAUGGACCAAAUCGAGAAUAUGCAAUUUUACAAGACCAGUGUUUUGAAUAUACAGAUAGAGAAUAUACAUAUAAAUACUGCCCAUUUUCAAAGGGAUCACAGCGACCUAAAAAUGGUGGACAUGAAACUAGUUUAGGGAAUUGGGGUAAUUGGGCUGGCCCAGAAAAUGACAAAUAUUCUGUUCAGUUAUAUGAAAAGGGACAGAACUGCUGGAAUGGUCCAGAUAGAUCUGUUAAGGUACAUUUAAAAUGUGGUUUGGAGCAUAGACUAUUAAGUUCCAGUGAACCCAGUAGAUGUGAAUAUGCUUUUGAAUUUGAAACUCCCUGUAGAUGUUCACAGCCAUCAGGUGGGACAGCUCAAGCCGCCCAUGACGAACUCUAAAUCAUCAAUAUUUUCAUUGUUUAUAUGGGUUUCUUCUUGUUUUUGUAUUUUUGAUAUUAUUAUUAUUUUUUACAAGUUAUUUUGAUUACGGUAUUUAACUUUCAAGAAAUGAAAUAAUUGAAAUUUCAAGUUAAUUGAGAGGGGAAAAAAGGAUUUUUGGGAUUGUUUCUGAAUAAAAUAUUGAUAUUUAAAUCUACUUCAAUUUAUUGUAAACUAUUGUAGGUAAAGUACUUUUAUCUUAUUUUAUAACGUGUACAGUGAAGAAAUCAUUUCUAAAAUAGCUGUCAUAGGUACUGAAGUUCUUAAAUUUCUUUAUAGUGGUACAUAAAGCUUGAUUUUUCUUUUAAAUAGAAGCUUGCAUAAAUAUUUCACAACAUAUUUCUUUUUUCAUAGAAAUAGAAAACAUUUAUUUUUACCCUAAAUAAAACCUUAGAAAAAGUACCAAUUGAAAUAGAACGGGGUUGUCACUAUGAAAUAUAUAUUGUAACUCGCAUUCACUUGUUAAAGAAGAAAAGAAAAAAUCAUAUCACUUAUAUUUCUCUGAAUUAAAACAUCUGCUGAUA